CAGAAAUGCCUCGCAGACGCAGAUGAGCUGAAGCAAGAAGGGAACGAGCACUUUCGCGCGAAACGGUGGGAGGAGGCGCUAGCAUCGUACAGGGCGGGGCUUGGCCGCCUACCAAAGCGGAAAGCCGCAAGCAGUGGUGGCCCUCCAGACUCUGAUGAAGAUGCGGAAGGCGUAUCGGAAGGUCCCGCGCCGGCGCAAGGGGACGUUGCGCCAGAGGCAGCAGCGGAGCAGCCACCGAGCGAACUGGAGCUCGAGUGCGCGAAAGCCCGUGCGGUCAUGAACGCCAACAUCGGUGCAUGUUAUGUCAAACUCGGGGAACACAAGGAGGUAGUGGCGGCAUGUACUCAAGCACUCAUUGACGACCCGACAUAUGUGAAAGCACUACAAAGACGGGCUGCUUCUAACGAGCAGCUGAACACAUGGUCCUCACUCAGCAGUGCACAAGAAGACUACAACAAGCUGCUCGAGAUCCUGCCACCGUCGUCCCCACAGCUUCCAGAAAUUAGGCGGUCGUUAGCGUCUCUGAAGCCUCGGGUGGAAGCAGCGCAGAAGGAGGAGACCGCCGAGAUGGUUGACAAGCUGAAGGGUCUAGGGAACAAUAUUCUAGGACGAUUUGGCCUGUCUACAGACAACUUCCAGUUUGUACCCAAUGGGCAAGGCGGUUAUUCUAUGAACUUUGUCAGAUAG